AUGAGGCUACACAGUACUGCCGUCGGUUGGCGGAGCCUUCUCCUUCCCACGCUGCUCAUCGGAGCCUGGGCGAAGAAUGACAAGCCGGAUGUCAAGAGCAAUAAGUUCGACUUUAUACCCUACAAUGUGAACUACUUCGACGACUCGGACGUGGUGUUGAUGGAGGACCCCCUUAGCAACGAUGUCUACCGUUCGCAGGACACUGGGGUGACGUGGGAGAAAAUAGACGGGCCCAGUGGCAAGGUGUUGGAGGUUUCCAUGCACCCGUAUGAUAAGAAGCGGGCGUUCAUCCUUACCACCGAGAAGAUACACUAUAAGACAAAUGACCAGGGCAAGACGUGGGAGAAGUUCGAGGCGAAGAUGCUCGCGUCGAUCUUCAGAGAGCCCCUCACCUACCAUGCUGGGGACCCCGAUAGGAUUAUUUUUAAUGCUAUGGACUGUACGGGCAUCUUCUGCGAUGAAGUGACUAUGUACACGAUAGACGGGUUCGCGAAAGGACCAGAGAUUCUUCGUAUUGAUACUUCUGGCUGCCAUUGGGCCAAGUCUUCAGAAGUGUUCACGACUGGGCAGGAGGACUUGGAUAAGAACCGAAUCCUCUGUAUCGUCAAGGGCCGAUUCUCACCAUGGAAGAAGGACUUCCGACUACUGAUAUCGGAUAACUACUUCGAAGAAAGCAAGGGGGCGGUGCAGGAGUUCGAGCCAGAGCUGGAGUCGGGUAGGACUGUGCAGGGCAUUGUCAAUAUGGCGGUUGUGAAACCAUUCCUGAUCGUUGCGGCGAGUGCUGAGAAAACCGACGAGAUGGCUCUGUAUGUUUCGGACGAUGCAGUCAAAUGGCACAGAGCUGUCUUCCCACACGACCACAAGCUUACAGAAGAGGCAUAUACGGUUCUGGAGAGCACGAAUUACAGCAUUCAAAUCGAUGUGAUGAACGGCCGACCUUCGAAUCCUACGGGUGUUUUUCUCAGCAGCAAUUCGAAUGGUACAUUCUUUACACGGAACAUCGAGCACACAAACCGAAAUAGUUAUGGAUUGGUUGACUUUGAGAAAGUCUAUGGUAUCCAGGGAAUCAUACUGGUCAAUAUUGUUGAUAAUUGGGAAGACGUCGAGAAGCAAAACGCCGAGAAGAAAAUCAAGACCAAAAUUAGCUUCGACGACGGAAGGACAUGGGAGGAUCUAAGCUUAACGUCUGACGACAAGAGGGCUGACACUCACGAUUUGCAUCUUCACUCUGUCACGGAUAUUUCGAAUUCUGGACGGGUAUUUUCUAGUCCAAGCCCUGGCCUCGUGAUGGGAAUAGGGAAUAGAGGAGAGCAUUUGAAGGAUUAUGAAGAUGGGAAUCUAUAUGUUUCUGAUGAUGCGGGUUGGACAUGGAGAGAAGCUUUGACUGGACCACAUAAGUAUGAAUUCGGUGACCAAGGUUCCAUCCUUGUUGCCAUGAAAGAAGGGCCUGGCACCGAAGUCCGAUACUCGAUAGACCACGGCAAGAACUGGGACACUGUGGAACUUCCUGAGACAGUCCGUCCUGUUCAGCUCACCACAAUUCCGGAUUCCACGAGUCUCAAGUUCCUUCUCGAGGCCGCUGAUAAAGAUGACCUGAGUCCGUCUGGGUACUUGUUUGUGUUGGACUUUGCUGGCAUGCAUGAAUCCCAAUGCAAGGAUGAUGAUAUGGAGAAAUGGUACGCUAGAAUCGACGACGAUGGCAAGCCGUCAUGCUUGAUGGGCCAGAAACAGUCGUACCUCAGAAGGAAGGCUGGUGCAGACUGCUUUCUCAACAAAGUCUUUGAGGAUCCUGAAGUAAUUUCCGAGAAGUGUCCCUGCACAGAUAUCGACUUCGAAUGCGACUACAACUUUGUGCGCAGCAAGGAUCGCAAAGAGUGUGAAAAGGCUGGUGAUUUGGUAGUCCCAGAAGGUGCCUGUAAAGCAUUUGGCCCAGACGACACAUUCAAGGGCUCUUCUGGAUGGCGUCUCAUUCCUGGAAACAAUUGCGAGAAGCUCCAAGGAGAGAAAUACAAGGAUGACCUAGUUGACAGAAAGUGCGUCGAUGCUAUUGGUGAGCCAGCUUCUGGAAAGCCAGGCGAUGCCUCUAAUGGUCAUGGUGGGAAGAAGUUCUCUCAGAAAAUCUAUCUUGAGAGAACGGGAAUCAGUGAUGGGUCUGACGAGACUGUCAUUAUGCGAACAGAUGCCGGUAUCUUCAUCUCUCAGAAUCACGGGAAACAGUGGCAGCAGAUGUUCAAGGAUCAACCCAUCUAUGCUAUAUAUGCUCAUCCACAUUUCAACGAUAUGGUGUUUUUCAUCACAGGUGACGAAACAGUUUACUAUUCUACCGACCGUGGUAAGAACGUCCGAAAGUUCAAGGCGCCGGACAAGCCAAAUGAGCAAGGCUAUCCAGUUCUUGGCUUUCACCCGAAGAACAAGGACUGGCUCAUCUGGAUGGGUGCGAGGGACUGUCCUGGUCGCAAUUGUCAUACUGUCGCCUCUAUCACGCUCGAUCGCGGCGAUGGAGACUGGAAGACACUCCAGCGCUAUGUCCGAAAGUGCGAAUUUAUCGCGGAGCCCGAGAGUGGUUACCUCGUCCAUCAGCCAACGCCGAAAAUCGACGAAAAGAGCCGAGACAAGCUCAUGUAUUGCGAGGUUCGUGCGAGGGAGAGUAACGACCAGCGGGACAAUCCAUACAAACUGGUAUCUAGUGAUGACUUCUUCAAUGAGCAGCCAACUGAGCAUUUCACUAAUGUGGUCGACUUCGCUUCAAUGUCUGAAUUCAUUGUUGUCGCGACGAAGAAUGAAACUGCGUCGACUUUGAAGGUUGAUACGAGUGUGAACGGCCUAACUUUUGCGGAUGCUAAGUUUCCCUACGGAUUUGAUGUGCCUCAUCAAUCUGGGUACACGGUUCUGGACAGCUCUACACACUCUGUAUUUUUGCACGUCACAAUCAGCAAUGAGGAAGGGCUCGAGUAUGGAUCCAUCAUCAAGAGUAACUCUAAUGGAACUUCAUACACCUUAAGCUUAGACGCAGUCGACAGAGACACCCUCGGUUACGUUGACUUUGAGAAGAUGUUUGGGAUUGAAGGUAUUGCCAUGGUCAAUAUAGUGGCCAAUUACAAGGACAAGAACUUCAAGAAGGAUAGGAAGAAGCUCAAGACCAUGAUCACUCAUAACGAUGGCGCUGAAUGGGCAUAUCUUACGCCACCCAAGGAGGACGCAGAUAAGAAGAAGUACCCUUGCGGCGGCUCUUCGCUCGAGAAGUGCUCUUUGAACAUCCACGGCUACACUGAGCGUUCAGACAAAUCUCACACCUACUCAUCUAAAUCUGCGAUUGGGCUGAUGCUUGGCACUGGAAACGUCGGCGAAUACCUCACCAGCAUGAAAGAUGCCAACACCUUCAUGACUGCCGAUGGAGGAGUCACCUGGAUGGAGGUCAUGAAGGGGUCUUACAUGUGGGAAUUCGGUGACCAGGGAUCGAUCGUCGUUAUUGUGAAGGAGAGAGUUUCCACUAAUGUGGUCCACUACUCUCUCGAUGAGGGUAAGACCUGGACUGAAUACAAGUUUGCUGAGAAGGAAAUCGAAGUCGACGAUCUCACAACUAUGCCGAGCGACAACUCUCGUAACUUCCUUCUCUGGGGUACAGAUGGUAAUGAUUUGGUCACCAUCAACUUGGAUUUCUCUGGCCUCACGGAUGCCCAGUGCAAGCUCAAUGAAGACGAUGUGGAGGCUGAUGACUAUUAUCUGUGGACACCAAAGCACCCGAUGCAAAGCGAUGAUUGUUUAUUUGGACACGUCUCGUCGUAUCACCGCAAGAGAACAGACAAGGCUUGCUACAAUGGCAAGAUGAUCCCCCAUAUACACAACAUAGAGAGAAAUUGCACCUGUACAAGAAGAGACUUUGAGUGUGAUUACAACUUUCAACGACAAAGCGAUGGCUCUUGUGCACUUGUAGAAGGCUUCACUCCUUACGAUCACUCCUUGUACUGCUUGGAAGACGAGAACCGCAUCGAAUAUGACGAGCCAACUGGUUACCGUCGUAUCCCGCUCUCCACCUGUCAAGGCGGCAAGGAAAUGGACAAGAGCAUUCAACACCCCUGCCCGGGCCAUGGGAAGGAGUUCGAGGAGAAGCACGGCGUCUCGAGCGUCGCUCUGUUCUUUGCUAUCGUUUUGCCCUUUGCAGCCGCUGGCGCUAUUGGAUAUUACCUUUGGCAAAAUUACGACAAGCACUUCGGUGCUAUCAGACUUGGAGAACAAUCAUCUCUGGACCAAGCUGCACCAUACAUCAAGUACCCAAUCAUGGCCAUGUCGGCUAUUGCAGCUACCCUAGCAGCCACGUCCUUGCUGUUCGCCAGUCUUUGGCGCUCUGCAGGCUCUGCGUUUGGCACGAGUAGGCCGGCCAGAUUCACGACGAGGGACAGUUUUGCGAGAGGGAGAGGCGACUACGGUGUUGUGGAUAAUGACGAAGGGGAACUACUUGGGGAUGAGAGUGAUGAUGAGGUCUAG